AUGUCGGGACUCAGCCUGAAAUUGUGGACCGUAGCGUUCUUUGCUUUCUGCUUGGCCGAGAAAGAGCAUGGGAUAGUGUACCCCAAAAUGCUUGAAAGCAGAGCUGCAACUGGAGAGAGGAUGCUCAAAAUCAACGAUGACCUGACGUUGACGCUGCAGAAGAGUAAGGUCUUCGCUGACGACUUUCUCUUCAGCACGACAGAUGGAAAUGAACCUAUUGAUUACUACAUCAAGGCCGAAGAUGCUGAACGUGACAUCUACCACGACUCAACUCACAUGGCAUCAGUAAGAGUAACGGACGAUGAUGGCGUGGAAGUGGAAGGAAUCCUUGGAGAGAGGCUUCGUGUUAAACCUUUGCCGGCAAUGGCCCGGACCAGCGAUGGCCUAAGACCGCAUAUGUUGUACGAAGUCGACGCACACAAAAACGGCAGGCCACAUGAUUACGGUUCCCCAAACACAUCAAAUACCCCCGUCGAGUCAAGAACUGGAAGCACAAAGCACAGUAUGUACAAGAUCCCCUUGGAGAUCCAUCCCGAAGUUCACCUUGUGGUGGAUAGCACCUUCGCCAGUGCUUUUAAGUUUGACGUGUACAAGGUGACGCGUUACUUCGCAGUGCUUACAAAUGCGGCUAAUCUUAGGUAUGCCAGCUUCGUAUUUCCAAAAGUACAGCUCAGGAUCACUGGCAUAACCAUGAAUAAAAAACCAGCAGACGAGCCAUACAUCCACAAUGUAAAGGGAUAUGAGAAGUACCGGAAUAUUUUGUUUAAGGAAACACUUGAGGAUUUCAACAAGCAGAUGAAGUCAAAACCUUUUUAUUAUACCUCCGAUAUUGUGUUCCUUGUAACAGGUAAAAAUAUGUCCGAAUGGGUAGAUGGCAAACUACAACACUGGGUUGGAGGGUACGCUUAUCUCGGAACAGCGUGUUCCGAAUGGAGAGUAGGAAUGAGCGAAGACCCGCCGACAAGCUAUUACGGAGCCUACGUUUUCGCCCAUGAACUGGCGCAUAAUUUGGGUUGUCAACAUGACGGAGAUGGACCCAGUGAUUGGGUGAAAGGGCACAUUGGAUCUGCGGACUGCCCAUGGGAUGACGGAUACCUCAUGAGUUACAAGAUGCAAGACGAGCGCCAGUAUAAGUUCUCUUAUUGCUGCCAGAGAGAAGUCAGGAACCUCUACAACCGUCCGGAAUUCAAAUGUCUUAGAGAACGAUACACGACAAAAACAAUAAAACACUCGUCUAAGCUUCCUGGUAGGAUGACAACGCUGAGCAACUACUGUCAGAGGGUGUAUAGGUACGAGAAAGGCAUGCACGCCGACAAGACAUACGGCGUCAGAGACUGCAAGGUAAAAUGCACCGGAAACACAAACUACUGGAGACUCACUGUCGUCGACGGUACACCUUGCGGAAAGAAAAAAGCUUGCAUUCUAGGAAAAUGUGUGAACGAUAUCAAAAUAAGCAAAAAUGACAAUUGAUGUCGUCAUUUAGUCUUCCCAUUACUGUCACGAACUUGGUGUCCAGCUAGCCACAUCAAAUAAGAAAUUAACCGCAAAACCUGUAGUUUAAAAAGGAGCAAACAAUAAAAGUUCUUGUAAAAAUAUAAA